AUGUGCGCAAAUUCACCAUCGAAGAAGGAUGAAGUAUGCAUCGGUGCUUCGAUAACAGAAAGACUGAAUUUACUGUAUCAAAUUCCUGAAGACAAUAGCACUAACUCUAAUGCUAUUGCUAAUAUUUCUAAAGAUAUCAGUAACGAAAACAGUUUAUUACGAGAUUCAAAUACACAAUUUUCUGCUGUACCUCAAAGAUUUUCCAUAAAGUCAUAUGAUCCACCAUCACGAAAAUUGUCAAGAUUUGAGAUACAACCCGUUCAAAUAAACUUUGACUGCAAUGAUGAAGCAAACGAUCGUAACAGCCUGUUGUACAACGAUUAUUUUCAAAAAGAUGAAGAUGAUGAACUGUUUACUCCAUAUGAUUUACUUAUGCAUUUACAAUUUCCAAUGAAAAAAAGUCAUGCAUCGUCCCAAUUAGAAAAAUUUAAAGAUUAUUGGGAAAAUUAUUCAUUUUAUGCUAUUUGGCGCAAAAAAUUCAUUCAAGAUCAUAGUUGCCAAGAGCAAGAUGUGUGGAAAGAAUUAUUUGUGGAAUCGAUUCCUCAUUUACUUAUCAAUUUAUUUUUGACGUUUUACGUUGUUGGCGGUGCAGCAAUAUUUCAAAUAAUUGAUAAAAGUAUUGCAGAAGAAAAGUUUUAUAAUGUUGUUCAAUUCACAUUUACAACCAUUGCUACCGUUGGUUACGGAAACAUUGUACCGACAACAGAUGCGAGCAAAUUAUUUUGCAUGUUUUAUACUUUGGUUGGUGUACCUCUUCUUUUUCUGUCACUCACUAAUAUUGGCCAAUUUAUUGCGGAAGGUUACUGGAUUUUCCUGGCAUCACUGUCGAGAACACAUCUAAGACUGUUUUUACAGGUCAUAAUGUCAACAUUUCUUGCUGCACUCUAUAAUUAUUUGCGAAGACUGCAUUACCUUGGACGUAAUUUUACGGGGGCAGCGCAUGUUGAAGUAUGGUUUGGUGGCACAAGAAUGUCUGUAUCUGAGCUACUUUAUAUUGUUGCGGAAGAAUUUAAUGUUUCACCUAAAAUGCUUUACAAAGUGUUGCAUGAUUUGGAUGAUAUAAUUACCAAAGCAACAGAUCCAAAGGUAAAAUUGACGAUUGAACGAGUUCGAAAUCUUCGAAAUCAAGAUUCAUGCUCAAGCAGCUCUGAAAUCAGAGAAUGUGUUGAUGAAGGUGUUUGCAUGGUUGAAGUUAAGGAUUCUACGAAAAUGAAACAGAAACAUGUGAGUUCAAACUUUUCCUUAACGUAUUUAAAUUCAUACUUGUUUUAUCAAUUGAAAGUAAAAGAAGAACAAUUGUAUUUUAAACAGAUUAUGCAAGCUCUUGCAAUGUUCCAUCAUGUGGUUAAAACGAAAUCCAAUCUUACAAACGCUAAAAGGCGAUCAUCUUCUGCGUCAGCAAAGUUACAUGCAUCCAAAGUUCAGUCUCAGUCUACAACUUCUCAAAAUUGA